AUGAGUAGCCCCGCCAUGCUCCCUGCAGCCUCACCCAUGAGUAGCCCCGCCAUGCUCACUGCAGCCUCACCCAUGAGUAGCCCCGCCAUGCUCACUGCAGCCUCACCCAUGAGUAGCCCCGCCAUGCUCCCUGCAGCCUCACCCAUGAGUAGCCCCGCCAUGCUCCCUGCAGCCUCACCCAUGAGUAGCCCCGCCAUGCUCACUGCAGCCUCACCCAUGAGUAGCCCCGCCAUGCUCCCUGCAGCCUCACCCAUGAGUAGCCCCGCCAUGCUCACUGCAGCCUCACCCAUGAGUAGCCCCGCCAUGCUCACUGCAGCCUCACCCAUGAGUAGCCCCGCCAUGCUCCCUGCAGCCUCACCCAUGAGUAGCCCCGCCAUGCUCCCUGCAGCCUCACCCAUGAGUAGCCCCGCCAUGCUCACUGCAGCCUCACCCAUGAGUAGCCCCGCCAUGCUCCCUGCAGCCUCACCCAUGAGUAGCCCCGCCAUGCUCACUGCAGCCUCACCCAUGAGUAGCCCCGCCAUGCUCACUGCAGCCUCACCCAUGAGUAGCCCCGCCAUGCUCACUGCAGCCUCACCCAUGAGUAGCCCCGCCAUGCUCACUGCAGCCUCACCCAUGAGUAGCCCCGCCAUGCUCCCUGCAGCCUCACCCAUGAGUAGCCCCGCCAUGCUCCCUGCAGCCUCACCCAUGAGUAGCCCCGCCAUGCUCCCUGCAGCCUCACCCAUGAGUAGCUCCCAGCUUAAGGGAAGUACGCCGACCCGCAUUACAGCGCUGCGCGCCACGUUGCAGUGGCUACCGUCUCAGGCGGAUGUCACGUGACGACGCACAGGCGCCGCGCCGGCCCAACUAGGCUCAAGGCCUGAACGAACCCUUGGGUCGGAGUGGAUGAGAGGCACUUCAUUGUUGGCCCAGGCCGGCCGUUCACCAACCAAGCCUGAACAGUUUAUCGGCCGGUAA